AUGCCGAAUCCAUUUGGACGCUUGGUCCCUAUCCUCAUCGAUGUCGUCUUGGACAACGUACACGUCUCUGAGAAGCUCAUCUAUGACGUGUUUGGAGAGCUAACCCCAUUAGGCCUUGCAGAGAGACUCGCAGACGAGUACUGUCUGUCUCCUUUGGCAGCACACCGCCUGCAAAGGAUCGUCACGGCGCAGGCUGCUCCAGACUGCCGACCCCUGCUGGUCCUGAUAGACGGCCCACCAUGCCUUGUUACAAUUCCUCUCUGUAUAGUCAUUGACAAUAUUGGGCUCAAGGAUACGCUGUGCCUGGACGUGAAUAAUAAGCAGUUGGAUCUAGAUGCAGUCAUUGAUAAUAUCAUACGAGAGAAGGCGCUAGGACUGACGCACCUGUCCUACCUUAAAUGGAGAAAGGCGAUCAUGUUUCAGAUCCUCACAGAGGUCUACAAGGCUGUAGAAUGCUCGAUAAAACAGCUGGACCCCCCACAGAGGCUCACAGAUGUGGUCGGGCCGUGCCCUUGUUUGGGGCCGGUGGAGUAG